UCUGGCAACAGCGGUGUUUGAGUUACUUCUGUUAUCAGCUGAAGCGUGCGAUAAACUGAAAUUUGCGCUGUACGCAAAUGUAUUUAAGAGCCAAAUAAGAAAUAUAAAUACUCUUCUCAUUUUUCUGUAUAACGUAGUAACCAUUUAAAACUAAGCAGCAUGUUUUGCUAUUUUAUGAAUAAUCCGUCGUGAAAAUAUCAAGUUUAUUUGCAUUUAGCAAGCUAUAUUUAUCCACCUGUGCACCUUUAGUUUUAUUAAAAUAUAGAUUGUUGACAUAAAGCUAUGCUGCAAUGAAUUAAAGCUGUGCGCAAUGAGGGCAGCUAUCAUCCCUAUGAAAUUUUUUCUUGAAUAAUACCGCUGAAUGCAGAAGAACUAAUCGGUGAGAUUAGAAAGAAUUGUACUUAAUCUAGUACUAAAUGGAAAUAUAAGAAGCGAUUGUUGCGCAUCAGAUGUACAAUAAUAAUCGUCUGCUUCUUUAAAAUGCCGAAUAAUGCAAAUGGAAUUAUCACAAGGUUGGAUAUUACAGUACUAAAUGAUUCGUUUUCGUCUCUGUGUUCAGGUGCAAAAGAAGUAAUAAAUAUGGUAAAGAGUUGGAAAUCUGAUAGCAUUGAUUUUGAGCUUUUUAAAGACGGAAUAACAAAUCAUCUUGUGAAAUGCUAUAUGAAAGACAAUCCGGACAAUGCCGUCUUGAUUCGAGUGUAUGGGGAGAAAACCGAGCUUUUCAUCGACCGAGAUUUGGAAGUUCGGAACAUGCAGAUGAUGUGUGAUGCGGGACUCUGUGCACCAUUAUAUUGUGCCUUCACGAAUGGACUUUGUUAUGGAUUUUCACCUGGCGAGGUUUUGGACACUAAAACGGUGCGAGACCCCAUCAUAUCACAAUUAAUAGCUAGGAGGCUUGCAAAAAUGCACAGUAUUCGAUCAAAUGUAAAUGGUGUCAUCCCACAGCCAUCAUUAUUCCCAGUACUACAUAAAUAUCUCCAGCUCAUACCAACAGAAUUCUGCGAUCCUAUAAAGGAUGAGAGGUUUAAAAGUUGCAUUCCAUCGAAAGAUGUACUGGAGAUAGAAAUAAACUCGCUGAAGAAACAUUUAACUACUUUAGAAUCUCCUGUUGUAUUUUGUCACAAUGAUCUUUUAUUGAAAAAUGUUAUUUACAAUAAAGAAAAAAAUGAAGUAACAUUUAUAGACUAUGAAUAUGCUGACUACAAUUAUCAAGCUCUUGAUAUUGGGAAUCAUUUUUGUGAAUUUGCAGGUGUUGAUCAGUAUGAACCUGAGCUUUAUCCUAAUAAAGAAUUCCAGCUGAAAUGGCUGAAAGAUUAUUUAGAAGCAUGGUAUGAAGUGAAUGGCUGGAGCCUUGACAACAUCACAGAUGAAGCUGUACAAUUGUUGUACAUUCAAGUUAACAAAUUUGCUUUGGCUGCUCAUCUUUUUUGGGGAAUUUGGGCAUUGAUUCAAUCGGCACAUUCCACACUUGGAUUUGAUUUUUUAGGGUAUGCAAAACAAAGGCUGGAUGAAUAUUUUGCACGGAAAGAAGAUUUUCUUAGUCUGAAAAUGAAUCAAAAUUGUCGUAAUGGAUCGACAGUCAGUGAACCUUAGACUAUAUUUUUAUGUUAAUAAAUUUAUUGGUAUUUGGGACUAAUUUAUUUCAAGUUUAGGAAAUACAUAUUUUAUAAGGAUUUAGAAUUUUGAUUAUUCAUAUUAUCCCAAUAAAAAUAAAUUAUUUAUUUGUGUCAUCUCAAGGAAAGCAUUUAAAAGAAAAACUGGUGCUAAGGAAUAAUAUUUCCCCUAAAGUUCAAAAGUUAUUUAGUUUUACAAUAUUUUAAAGUUUGCAUAAUCAUGCUAGUCAUUUUUUGUUAUCUUUUCUUUGAUGAAAUCAAAUACUCAAGAAGUUUCUUGAGGGUUCCCCUUCCCCUGUUUAGUCAGUAUCUAUGUAGUUGUGUAAGCAAAUUUAUUAUAUUUAGUAAACCAGAGUAAUUUUUAUACUAAGCAAUAACUAUCAAGAAAAGAGAAAAUUAUGAAAAGACAAAUAGAUAUGUAUUUCCUUUUCCACAAUAAUCAUUUUUAUAUUUUAUGUAUUCUAGAAUUAUUUUGUACUCAGGAAUUAAAAGGAAAUCUAAUUCGGUUCAUUUCUUAACUAAUGUUUAUUGUGUUUACUGAAAUGGAAAGUGUAUUUAGAUAAGAUAUUUGAUUAAUUGGAUAAUUAAUAUUGAAAUAUGUAAAUAAUAAACAAAUAAAUAUGCUCAAGACCAGGCAAGAAAAUCUGAUGGACGAAUAAUCCAUUCCAUUCUUUCUGAUUAAUAUGAAGUGGAAAACAUCCCAGCAGUCUUUGAUGGAAUCAUUUUAGCAGUAAAGUGUGAAAAUGAGGAAGCAUAUUGUGUCAGAUAUUUGAAAUCAUUUGAUGAUAUAUUUACAUAAAUUAACAGAAUUGGAUUUGCCUCAGAUUUCCUUACUAUCUGCAUAUUUGGCAAUAUUUUUCUGUCAUGUUUUUUGUAAAAUAUGUGUCAAAAAAAUUUUUUUCCUGAAGUAUUGUUUGAUGAGAGUAUGUAUUUAUUUUUAAAUUAUUUGCUUCAAAGUCAUUUUACUAAGAGUUUCAUUUAUUGUGUUGCAGUGUAAUUUUUAUAAUGUAAUGCCUACAAUUUUCCAUUUCUUAGAAUGUCACCUAAAUGGAAUUUUUAUACAAGAGUGUAUGUAUUCUGUUCUUCUUAAUAGCAAAAUUUGCUUAUCUUGUUUACUGCAGAUUCUUCUAAUUAGGUACUUUUUCAAAAUUAUGAAUCAUGUUAAUGCACAUAAACACAAUAAAAAGUCUGCAAAUGCAAAAUUAAUUCUGAUACAAUUCAUUAGAAUAGUAAUUUUCCAAGAAAAAAAAGAAAUGCUGACAUGCUUUUGCGAUGAUUUUGCGCACCCCCACAAAAAGUUGCCAACAGCAAAAUUUCAUAUAUCAUUUCCUAACUGUUCAUCAAAGCAUAAAGAGCAUAAAUCAACAUGCACUCAAACACAUGAGUGGCAUGUAAAUAUGUCAAUUGGCUAUUGCCAUGCUUUUACUCCAAAGUAUAGCGAGAAACAUGGUGUUUUACUACAUGUCAAUUGGCUAUUGUCAUGCUUUUACUCCAAAGUAUAGCGAGAAACAUGGUGUUUUACUACAUGUUGAAACUGGAGGUGCAUAUAAUCAGGAAGAACCUUCCUUUUUUAUACAGUUCAUCUAUCUUGUCAUUCAGAAAAUCAGAACAAUAAAAAAAUUGUACUCCACAAAUGAAGGGAGGGAAAUAAAAACCUUUUUGCUACAAAGGCUUUAUUUUUUUAAGAUUUUCUAUUUUAGGUUUUUUUUAAAAAUUUAGUUGAAAGAAAAAUAGAAACUUUUCUAGUAAUACCCACUUUAUUAAUGAUUUGGAGACUCAAAAUGCAUCUAGUUGUAUUUUGAUUUUAAAAUACGGUAACAAUAUUUGAAUUUUUCAUUUUUUUUUGCUUUUAAAAAGGUUAACAGAAUUUGAAAUAGUUAUUAAAUAUAGGAUUUGAAUAAAUAAGCAUUUUAUUUAAAGCAUUUAGUCACCCAACAUAUUUAUGGCAAAAUGUUGGAAUACUAAGAAAUAGUAUAUAGUUUCUUGCUAACUUCUCUGAAGCAACAACUGUCUCAUUCCCAAAAUGUCCACAUUGUCCAGCAACGUAAGCAGAAUGAAUGUUCAGCAGUAUUAACAAUCAUUUUACUAAACUGCCAUCGGUGCAUUCACCAAGUUGUUGAAUGCACCGAAUCCCGCAUUCACCAAGUCGUUGAAUGCACCGAAUCCCGCAUUCACCAAUUCGGUGAAUGCGCCGAAUCCCAUCCUUGCUUGUAAUAAUAAAAGUGACUACGUGUAGUGUUGUAAGUUUUUGGUCGCGUUCUUGGAUAUCUCGUUUUCAUGUACGGUAAAAAUUCGAUAAUUCAGCACUCAUGGUCUUGUUAUAUCAGUUAAUCUGGCACUUUUUUCACUAAUACUACUGUUGUAAGAUGGGCUGCUACUGGGCAUUUUGAUUUGCUAAAACUCAGCAUUUGAUUUGUAUGUAUUUCCUAUUUUUCAUUAGUUUUGUAUCAGUUUGUCGUGUUUAUUUAAAAAGUUUCGAGAACUUGAUUCAGUUAGAUAAAUACACAUUUUUGUUUUAUUCAAAUAAAACAUAUUAAAUAAUAUAAUGGAAUAAAACAAAAAUGUGUAUUUAUCUAACUGACUAUAAAAAAUGUUGAGACAGAAGUGUUAUAAUGUUAAAUAUAUAUGCAUAUAUAUUUAAUACUAGAAAAAUAUUCAUAUUCUAGGAUUUUUUUAAGAGCGAAAUUUAUGGAGCAGGUGCAUAUUCAAACUUUUUAUUAAAAAGUAUCUUAUACGAACAGCAAUAACGAUUUCAAAGCAAAAAUGAAAAUUAACUAUGAAUAAAUUUUUCACAUUAAAUGUAUUUGGAGAAUUACUACAUGUAAUUUUUCUUCCCUGUUCCUCAAUAUAUUCAAUAAUGUGCAAAAUUAUUAUUUUGAGGUGCUGUAUAAUUUUAUUCCAAUAAUCUGGCCUCUCCGAAGUUUGUUCACAUAAAUUUAGAAUAGAAUGUAAUUGUAAUGGUUAAAAAUUAAAGUGAACCUUUCUAAUCCUAUUGAAAUAUUAAUCAUGUUUUCCAGCCAGUAAUCUUGUCAAGUAAUUUGGUAGCUAAUUUAUGUUGUGAUACUGAAUUUUAGUCAUUUGUAUAGAGCUGUGAUUUGGAAUUUGUAUUGUGCAAUGUUUACUAUUGUUAGCAUAAUUGCAUUUUAAAUAUUUAUGGUACAUUCACUUCUGCUUUAAUGAAUGGCAAAUGAGUGAUUGGGGAAUUCGGAUUUCGAAUGCUGUAUACACUGUGUAAUUCCACCCCAGUCCAGUUUGUUUUAAGAGCUUUAAAUGUGGUAUAUAUAAUUAUGAAGAGAAAUUUAAGUAAUAUGUUAUUUUAUGAAGGUAAAAUAUAAUUUUCAGUAUACAUGUUAGACUUUUUUGACAAAUUAAUGUUAUUUUGCCAGAUUUUCAAUUUUUGAAAUUCUUAGAGGUUGUAAUUAUUAUCCAGUUCGAUUCCCUAGCUUAAUUUAACAAAAAUUCAUUGUUGUGAAAAUGUACAUAGAAAGUCUAAUAUAUUUAUAAUCAAUAUUUGUGUCAAAUUAUAAUGUAUAAAACUUCCUGUGUCUAUCAAACGUCUGCCAAAGAUUUUAUGUGAAAUAUAUGUAUGCAUGUCAUGUAAAAAUAAUUGGAUGAAAAAUUAAAAUGUCAGAAAUAUCAAGAAGUGGAAAUUUUGAAAUUUAUUUACUACAAAAUAUAUGAUUAAACCAUGAAACAGUCAGUUUAGGAGUUAUCCUAAUAUAUGACAAAGUUAAAAAUACGUUUCAUCAACUCCUUUCCCUUCCCCCUUGAAAAUUUAAAAUUUUUAUAACAUCUAUAAAUGGGACAGUUAUUAAAAAUUUGUUUUGUAUUUCACGUUUUUAUGUAUUUACUUUUUAUUAUUAUUAUUUUGGCUGUAUUGUGAUACUAGUGUGAAGGAUGCCUGGCUUAAGUACUUGCUCUAAAAUGGUUGAAACAUUUUAAUUGCUUGUUCAGUUUAAUGUGUGAACUUAAACCUUGAAUUUUUUAAUUAGUACUUAAGAAGCCGUUUUUGGAGUCAUGGUUUGCAGUCAUAAGACUUUUGUCAGUUUCCUAAAUUAUUAUUUUGAAUAUUGUAUCAUUUCACUUUAUUUUCUAGUCAUAAUGUUUUAGUUUUGUUAUUAGUGUUAGUCUGAAUAAAUAAAAAAUUAAUUAUUUCUUAAUGAAAACAAUUUAUUAGUUUGUUUUGUUAUUAGUGUUAGUCUGAAUAAAUAAAAAAUUAAUUAUUUCUUAAUGAAAAAAUUUUUAGUCACUGAAUGUUUCAGUAAUUUUUAAAUGCAUGUAUAAAAUGAAAUUUAUUUGAAUAUUAUCGAAAUAGAAUAUAUGUAUAUAUUUGUUCUCAACUAUCACAUUUGUUUGAAACCAAAAUCAGAAAGCAAAGUCUUGUAUCAUUUUAGUAAUAGGGGCGACACAUGCAAAUACACGUUAAUAAAUUGCAUUCUGAAUGCAUCAGUUCUAUUUUGUUUUGUUUGUACCUCUAAGUUUUAACUACAAAUAUUGUAAAUAUAAGACUGGGUAAAUUUAUUGAUAUUAUUUAUUAUAUUUAUGAUAACUUGUAUAUUUUUGGAGUGUGUAGUGUUGAUUUUUUUUUAAUAUGGUGUACUGUUAUUUUGAAAAAAAAUUGCACUGCCUUUAACUUCCUGUACUGUUCUUAAAGAUUAAAAUAUGUCUGUAGCAAAAGUACUUUAAUGUUAUUUUUUUAACUUCUAUGUAUAUAUGUAAAUAAUAAAAUGUGAAGUUGUGCUACAUAAUCCUAUUCUAUUAAUAUUUAUGUAAAAAAACCGAAAUGUGCACAAAUGUUUUCAUAUUUUGUGUGUUUUCAAAAAUGUAGGCAACAAAUGUGCAAGAAAAAUGUCUGAAAUAUGUCUUUAGCUAAACUAAUGAAAUACUGAAUAACAUCACAUUAAAUUAAUUGAACUGUUGUCAUAGUAAUCCUAAAUGUCUCCUUAAUAUUUUUAUUGAAAAACACUUAAAUAUCUUUACAUAUGAUGAGUUGUUUUUCCUCUGUUAUACGAUGGAUUAUUUUUGAGAGACUAUGCACACAUGAACAGGAGAUCAAAAUUAUGUUUUAUUCGAAUAGAAAAUGCAGUGUGAUUCUUCAAAAUAAGUGACUGAAGUUUUUGAAGUCUGAGAGACUGAAGUCCUAUGAGGAAUGAAUUUUAAGUGAUUUUUUGUGCAAAGAAAUAAACUUCUGAGGAGCAACAGUUAAAUAUUAUACCUGUAUUAACAUAUUAAACAAAGGCUUUAUUAAAAAUUAUGCAUAUUCAUAUCUGUCAAUAGGAAAAGGAGACAAACCUUAAUUUUUACUUUUAUGCUUUUAAAUUAACUGAUAUUUGAAUUCACCUAUAUUAUGUAAUUCAUUUUCAAUUCAGUUUUAAUGCUUUCACAAUACAAUAAAGAAAUUAGAAACAAUAUAUAUGCACUGUGCCCACAGAAAUUUCUUAUGCGACCUUUAUUUUUGCAACCGUUGGUCACAGAUGUGUACUUCUGAUUGCGGAAAGCUUUAAGUAAGAAAAAUACUCAUGCUAUGACACUUUUAAGAAAUCCAUUUUCUAAAAAUCACAAAAUGUAACUUUUUCCAUGGCUUGCUGGUCUCUAUAGUUCUGUCUAAAAAUAUUAGACUUCCGUGCAACAGAAAUUGACCAAGGUAAUUUAAUUUCAAAAUUUGAGAUCAUGUUUAGAGCUCAUACUCAAAUUGAAAAGCGAAGUGUUUCCGUUCAUACAUAUUUAAAGAUGAUAUCAGUUUAGGAAAAGCUUUUUAAUGUUAAUGUAUUAAAAAUGGGCAUUGCUAUGCAAACUGCCCAGAAAAGUAUUCAUCAGUAUAAUAGUUUCAAAAAGUAGAUCUUAUUCACAGAACUCUAUAAAAUUGAGUGAUAGAUUUCAGUAUUGCUGCAGAACCAAUUUAUAAUACUAUUUGCAUAAAUUAAAAAUGAAAAAUAUUUCUUAGUUUAAUGAUUUUUUAUAUUGUUAUUAGGCUAUGAUUCAAAAAUAAUAAAACUACAUGUUAGUAUUAACAUAUUUUUAGCAUUUGAAAACUUAUAAAUUACUUGUUAUGAAAAUUGUUUCACUUGUAUGAUAAUAUGUAACAAAAUUAUAAAUUAAAGAAUGUUACACACUAGUAAAUGACGAAGAAAUAUCACUGCAUAAUAUUCAGGGGCGUAGCUAGAGGGGGGCAUCUGUCCCCGGGCGCAGAAUCCAAGGGGCGCCAAACUGAUGUUACGACAUUUUAGAACUAAAUGUUUUCCAUUGUUGGCAAGCAGUAGGGGGCACGAAACCUUCAGUUGUCCCUGGGCGCUGAAAACCUUAGCUACGACUCUGAUAAUAUUAAAGGAGAAAAUUAAUGUCAAAUUAUUCUUUGUUUUUUAACCAACCAUCUAAGGCAAGGCAGAAAUGUCAAAAGUGCAGACUUUUAAAUUUGCAUUAUUUAAAAAAAAAUUUUGUUAUUGGAGAUGUAUAUUUGCAGUCGGUAAUUGCAGAAAUAAAGGUUGCAUAAGGACUUUACGUGUAUAAUUAAAUUUCCUGGCACAGUGUAUAUUAAAUUUACUGGUAAUUAUUGAGAAUUUUCUUUAGCAUCUGAAAUAUAAGAUUAUAAUAUAUAGUGUAUGCCUGACUUCAUGAUGCACACUGCUGAAUGUUAUUGGUAUUUAUGUAUUAUCCCCGUCAAAAUUUUGUCAGUGGUCACCAAUCACUAGUUGUUACUGUGGAAUUCUAAACAACAUGGUGAUCCAUAAAUGGCGCCAAAUUGUGCUACUUGGCCAGUCAGCAGGAUAAUAUUUAAGUACCAUGUUAUCUAAUAUUACUAGCAAUGCGUGUAUGUUUGUAACUUUUAAACAUGUAGCAUUGUACUCCUUCUUGUCAUAAAGCAUAUGCAUGUUAAAUAUUGGUGAAUCCAUGCAUGAUAUCACUGCCUGUGGAUUGUUUUAACAGUUAUUUUCAACAAAUUUACGUAUUAAUAGUAUUUUGUAAGAAGUUACUUUUCAAUAAAUUUUGGGAAAUUGUUGAAAAAAAAAAAAAAA